UAUAAAAUCUUGGAGCUAGCACACUUCACAUAGUGAGUCCUAAACCAACCAAAAACAAAUUUUCCAUGGCAAACCAAAACCUUCCUGAUUCAAUUCCCAUAUCAAACUCUGAAACCACCAUAACCAAACAAACCAAAAAUUUCUCAGCCAAUUUGAUCUUCCAGAAAUUGAAAACCAACUUGGUUUUACAUUCAAAAUGGGCUGAACUAAAUGGUGCCAUGGGUGAUCUUGGCACCUACAUACCCAUAAUUCUUUCCUUAACUCUAUCAAGGAACCUCAACCUUGGCACCACAUUAAUCUUCACAGGUGUAUACAAUAUUCUCACCGGUGUCAUUUAUGGGGUCCCUAUGCCAGUCCAGCCCAUGAAGUCCAUCGCCGCUGAGGCCUUAUCGGACACCACCUUCGGUGUGCCAGAGAUCAUGGCCGCCGGAAUCUUGACCAGUGGCGCGAUGUUUUUAUUGGGUGCUACGGGGUUGAUGCAGAUGGUGUACAAGUUUAUUCCUUUAUCUGUUGUGAGGGGAAUUCAACUAGCACAAGGUUUAUCAUUUGCUUUAACUGCUGUUAAAUAUGUGAGGAAAAUGCAAGAUUUGCCAAAGUCUAAAGCUUUGAGUCAAAGGCCUUGGUUUGGGUUAGAUGGGUUGGUUUUAGCCAUUGUUUGUGUAUGUUUUAUUGUCAUUGUGAAUGGUGCUGGUGAGAGUGAAAAUCAUAGGUGUUGCAAUGGUGAAGAAAGUGGUGAAAAAAGGAGGACUAGUAGAGUGAAAAAAUUUAUUUUUUCACUUCCAUCAGCUUUUAUAAUCUUUGUUUUAGGUGUUAUUUUGGCAUUCAUAAAAAAGCCUAAUGUGAUUCAUGAAAUGAAAUUUGGACCAUCUUCAAUAGAAGUAAUGAAAUUUACUAAACAUGCAUGGAAAAAAGGUUUUGUGAAAGGUACAAUUCCUCAACUACCUUUAACAAUCUUGAACUCUGUGAUAGCUGUUUGUAAAUUGUCAAAGGAUUUGUUUCCUGAAAAGGGUAUUUCAGUCACUUCAAUUUCAGUGACAGUUGGUUUGAUGAAUUUGGUUGGUUGUUGGUUUGGUGCAAUGCCAUGUUGCCAUGGUGCUGGUGGAUUAGCAGGACAGUAUAAAUUUGGUGGAAGAAGUGGAGGGUGUGUGGCACUUCUUGGUGUUGCAAAAUUGGUAUUGGGAUUGGUGGUAGGUACUUCUUUGGCACACAUUUUGAAGAUGUUUCCUGUUGGGAUUUUAGGUGUCUUGCUUUUGUUUGCUGGUAUUGAAUUAGCUAUGUGUUGUAGGGAUAUGAAUUCUAAAGAAGACUCAUUUGUGAUGCUUCUUUGUACUGCUGUUUCAUUGGUAGGAUCAAGUGCAGCACUUGGAUUUUUGGUUGGAAUGAUUGUGUAUUUGCUACUUAAGCUAAGGAAUUGGACAAAAGAUAAACCAUAAAAUAUAGGUCCACAAUUGUUGUUGCAGCCGCAAUUGCGACCGAAAUGGUGUGCUGCGUUAAUUUGUCGGUGAUUUUUUGAAAUAUUAAGAAUCACAAUGCAAUUACGACCGCUACUGCAAUUUCAAACCGUAAUAUCUUUUGAAAUGUUUUGAAUAUCAAUUUUGUUCCCUUUGCUAGUAUUUGAUGGGGACUUAGUUCUGUCUAAAGUAGUAGGAAUUUCUUCAAAUGUUCCUGGCUUUUGUUCCUGGGCCAUGCAUACAUUGUUGUGUAUGUGAUGCUUAAAUAAGUAAUAAGUGUAUAAAAGAAGUGACUUACUUGCUUUAUAUACAGAAUCUAUAUGUUCAUUUAUGUGCUAAUGUGAUCACCUUUUUGGAAUAAAA